CAGCUCAUACAGAAACAAAACCGAUUAGCAACAUCAGUCUAUGAAAUUCUGCUCGCAUUGGCUUCUGCAUAAGUUUUCUCUUCAUUAUUGUUAUUUGAAGACUUACACGAGAAGAUGGGAGUGCCUAAAUUUUAUCGAUGGAUAUCGGAGCGGUAUCCGUGUCUGAGUGAAGUUGUCAAAGAGCAUCAGAUUCCAGAGUUUGACAACCUAUAUUUAGAUAUGAAUGGGAUCAUCCACCAGUGUUCCCACCCCAAUGAUGAAGAUGUACACUUCCGUAUUUCUGAAGAGAAGAUCUUUGCUGACAUUUUUCACUACCUGGAGGUGCUCUUCCGCAUCAUUAAGCCCAGGAAAGUGUUCUUCAUGGCUGUCGAUGGUGUUGCACCCAGGGCCAAGAUGAACCAGCAGCGUGGAAGAAGAUUCAGGUCAGCAAAAGAAGCUGAGGAAAAAAUCAAGAAGGCCUUGGAGAAGGGUGAAGUUUUGCCCACAGAGGCCAGAUUUGACUCAAACUGCAUCACCCCUGGAACGGAUUUCAUGGCCAAGCUACAGGAACAGCUUAAAUAUUUUGUUCACAAUAAACUGUCCACAGACAAAUCGUGGCAGGGAGUGAAUGUGUAUUUGUCUGGUCACGAGACCCCUGGUGAAGGAGAGCACAAGAUCAUGGAGUUCAUUCGUUCUGAGACCGUCAAACCGGGUCAUAACCCAAACACAAGACACUGCCUUUACGGUCUGGAUGCCGACCUGAUAAUGCUUGGCUUGACCAGCCAUGAGCCUCAUUUUUCUCUCCUCAGAGAGGAGGUUCGCUUUGGAGGCAAAAAGUCACAAAAGAGGAUAACAGCUCCUGAGGAGACAACCUUUCACCUGCUACAUCUUUCCCUUAUGAGGGAAUACAUUGACUAUGAGUUUUCCGAGCUCAGGAAUAAGAUCUCGUUUGAGUACAACCUGGAGCGGAUCAUAGACGACUGGGUUCUGAUGGGUUUCCUGGUGGGGAAUGACUUCAUCCCUCAUCUUCCUCACCUGCACAUCAAUCACGAUGCACUGCCGCUGCUCUAUCGAACUUACAUCAGCGUGCUGCCCAAUCUGGGGGGCUACCUGAAUGAAAAUGGUCAUCUCAACCUUGCCCACUUUGAGAAGUACCUUGAGAAGUUGUCAGAUUUUGACCGGGAGCACUUCAGCGAGGUGUUUGUAGAUCUGAAGUGGUUUGAGAGUAAGGUGGGGAACAAAUACCUGAACGAAGCAGCCGGGCUGGCAGCCGAGGAGGCUGGUGUCAAAGACAUGAAGAAGAGUAAGUCUGCGGAUGACUCUUUAUGUCUCGCCACUCUUGAUGAAGUCAGGGACUCUCACAGCACUCCAGGAAGAGAAGGCACAGAGGAAGACGGUGAAGAUGAUGACAUGUUUGAAACAGAGUUUCGACAAUACAAGCGCACCUACUACAUGACCAAGAUGGACGUUGAAGUCGUCUCUGAUGAGUUUUUGGCCAAUCAGGCUAAAUGUUACGUGGAGGGGAUCCAGUGGAUCUUGCAUUACUACUACCAUGGAGUUCAGUCUUGGAGCUGGUAUUAUCCGUACCACUAUGCCCCCUUCCUUUCUGAUGUGAGAAACCUCUCUAGUCUCACGUUGGCAUUUGAUCUGGGCAAACCCUUCAUGCCGUUCCAGCAGCUCUUGGGUGUCCUGCCUUCAGCCAGCAAAGACCUUCUUCCACAGUGUUACCAGCAUCUUAUGACGUCACCGGGCUCACCCAUCGUUGAGUAUUACCCACAAGACUUCAAAACUGACCUGAAUGGCAAGCAGCAGGAGUGGGAAGCCGUGGUGCUCAUCCCGUUUAUCGACGAGAAAUGCUUGUUAGCUGCUAUGGAGCCCUACACUCUUAAACUGACUCCACCAGAGAAGGCCAGGAACAGACAUACCGAGUGUGCCGUCUACUGCUUUGAUAAAGAGCUGGACAAUGUCUACAACUCCCCCCUCCCCCAGCUCUUCCCCAACAUCGUCCACUGCCACGUCAGGCAAACACCGGUUCCGAUGGAUGCCUGGCGUGUAUCACUGGAUCAUGUAGUGCACAAGGCUGACAGAGGGGCUCUUUAUUUCUGUGGCUUCCCCACCUUACAGCACAUCCGUCAUAAAUUUUAUAAGAAGAAAACUGGAGUGAUGGUGUUUCAACAAAGCAGCAGAGGGGAGAACAUGUUACUGGAGAUUUUAGCCAGCCAGGAGCUGGAACAGAUGGAAGAUGUCGCAGCGCUGGUUCUUGGAAAGUCUUUGUUUGUGAACUGGCCCCAUUUGAUGGAAGCUCGAGUUGUAGCUGUUUCAAAUGGAGAAAUAAAGUUUUCUUUAGAAGAACCAUCACAGGUGUUGUAUCUGGGUGACACACCACCGCCUACUAAAGUCACCCAUCUGACUGAUAAAGAGCAGAAGGAGUGGGUCAAAGAAGUGCAAGGCCUCUCAGAGCACUUCAGCAAGCGCAAAGGCAUUGUGAUCAAUGAGACCGAUGUUGUGGUAUACGCCCAGCUGCUGACAGGCAGGAAGUAUGUCAUUGUUCAGAGCGGAAAGGUCCAUUUGGAAAAGCAGUUUGCCAAACAGGUCCUGCCCUUUCCAUACCAGACUAUUGUGAAGGAUAUCAAAGCUUUUGAUUCAUCGUUGGCACGCUUCAAGACACUGGAGGAGCUGUUUCCCCCAGGAACCGUUGUCUUUAUGGUUGGAAACCCAUAUUACAGUGCAAUGGGAGAUGUGCAAGAUUCUAGUGAUGUCAUCAAUGAGGGGCGGGUCAGAGUGGUCUUCUCUGUACCGUGUGAACCCCAGCUUGAUGCCUUAAUGCAGAACCAGCAUAAAUACUCUGUGAAGUACAGUCCCGGGUACGUGCUUGCCUCCCGCCUUGGUAUCAUCAGCUACCUCGUCUCACGGUUCUCCGGUAGCAUCUUCAUUGGAAGAGGAUCCAAGAAAAAUCCUCAUGGAGAGCAGAAAGCCAAUGUGGGCCUUAAUCUCAAGUUCAACAAGAAGAAUGAGGAAGUUCCUGGCUACACCAAGAGAACGGAGAAAGAGUGGCUCUACUCGGCUGCUGUAGAGGAACUCUUAGCUGAAUACUUAGAGAGAUUUUCAGAGCUGUUUGACUUUGUAGCACGGAACAGUCACGAUGACGUCUUUUAUGAAGAUGACAUCUGGCCAGGAGAAGAUGAGAAUGGUGCUGAAAGGGUCCAGGAGAUCCAGGGCUGGCUGAAAAACCAUCCAGUCAGUUCCUGCUCCCGAGCUUCAUGUGAUCUGCAGAUCCUGGACACUGGCAUUGUGGAAAAGAUUGAAGAAGAGCUGGAGAAAACGAAGGCAAAGAAGAUGAACACGAAAGUACGGGUCACUGUGAAGCCCCACUUGCUUUUUAGGCCUUUGGAGCAGCAGCACGGUGUUGUUCCAGAUCCUGACGCAGAGUAUCAUCUGUUUGACCGUGUGGUCAAUGUGCGAGAAAGCUUCUCUGUUCCACUCGGCCUUCGAGGAACCAUCAUUGGUAUCAAAGGAGCUGAACGUGAGGCUGAGGUUCUGUAUGAAGUGCUGUUUGAUGAGGAGUUUGCUGGAGGACUCACUGUCAGGUGCUCUCCUGGGCGUGGCUAUCGACUGCCCCCCAGUGCCUUAAUCAACCUGAGCCACGGCAGCAGAAAGGAGCAUGGCGCUCACAAACUCACUGCCAUCGUCAAACCCCAGCCCUCAUCCUCAUCCCAUUUCACACACAAGAGCCAGCUGGGAGGCCUGAACCACUCGCCAUGCUCACCGUUUAUACCUACGCAGGUAAUGGACACGCAUUCAUCCCUCAUAACCAGGCCCCCAACGACUCUACUGAUACCCCACUACAGUCAAAGGAACCUUCAGAGUUCAGGAAUGCCCCAGAAACCACCGGCUCACUGGCAAAAUAAGGCUGGGAGAAGCAGUGGACCGAUGCCACAUCAGCACCAGCUGGAGGGACAAAGUAAACAAAGCCAAGGCAACUACCCAUCCAGCAAACUUGCCUCAGGUGGCAAUAUUAGACUUCUGAAGAGAAAUGAGGAUGUGAAUAUGGCUUUCGUACAAGGGCCUUCAAAUAAGGCAUCUACAGAAUUUGAGGAGCUUAUAGCCAAUCUGAAGAUCUCAAAGGAUUCUGAGCAUGUCCAGGAUCAUCCACCUACAGAGCCCAAGAACCAAUCAGGAGAGCCUCUUUCCCCACAGUCCUUUGCAAUGAAGGGAACUCUGGUAUUGAAAGAAAUGUUGAAGAUUGACUCUGGACCAAGUGCCGCUGAUUGCACUGGUGGCCAGGAUUCAGCAAACCCCAGUGUUCAACAGCAGAGCAAGAGACGCUCCAGUAAAAAACUAGCUGCUCGUAUAAAUACUCCUCAGACUGAUGUGCCAGCAGCGACUCCUCAUCCUCCUCCUCUGGCUGGCCAGCCACCCCUCCUGCUCAGCAUGGCCACUGAACUCGGGCGAGUAUGCAUGGGGCUUGGGAUGGGACCUCCAGAAUUUGCCUUCCUCUACAACAGACAGAGUCUGACAAUGUGUCAGGUGAAGUUGUCUAAUGGCCUGCUGGUUCACGGUCCUCAGUGCCAGUCUGAAACUGAAGCUAAAGAGAAAGCUGCUCUCUUUGCCCUUCAACGAUUGAACUCACUGGGUUCAUUGCCACUCCCUCCUCCCAUAUUCCCUGGAGUCCAGCAGAUGAGGCCACUUGCGCCUCAUCCCUCCAUGUUUGGUCAGCCAGCAGGUUGUCUUCUGAUGCCCCCACAAGGCUAUGGACCUCUUCAUUGGGGGAUGCAGUUUCCCCACCAGGGCCAGCCGUUCUAUAGAGGAACUUUCCCUGGAGCACAGGCCCCUGUGCCAUCAGCAGCCAGCGGAUCCCACAAUCAGUUUGUUCCCCUACAGGUGACCAAGAAGAGAGUUUCAGGCAGAACCAAGAACCAAGAGGCAAAGCAAGUGUGUGGACUGGCUGCUUCUGCCCCAAUGCCUGCAUCAGCCCCCAAGACCCCCCCACCCAUCGGCACCCAUGAGCCUGCAGAUAAGCACACGCCCACCACACCCAAGACGCCCAGGCCGAACGCCAAUCCUCACAUGCCCGGCUCGGCCUCCAAGCGGAAACACCGGAAACUGGCAGUCAAUUUCGAGGCUGCUAAAGUGACGGACUGAAAUCAUUUUCCUGCACCGUCCAUCUCUCGACAAAACCCGACAUUUCAUAGCAUGAAACAAGAUGUAGUUGUCCGUCUUCAUGAUUCGAUCACGCUUGGUGAGACAAUGUAUUUGUCACUGGCAUCGAAUUAGUUUUGUAUUUGUUUUAGUUGGCAUGUUUUGAGUGGAGGUAGUGGUGGAAAACAUUUUUAUUGAUAUUGAUUACUGCACCGAAAUGAUCACGGAAUCAUGAAAUGGGUUUUACAUUUACCUCAGCGUUUUCCUUUCUUUUUCUUUUCCUUUUUUUGACCCAAAUCAGGUCCUUAAGCUUUUAUCAUGUUCACUGGUUAUUUUGUGAUGCUGGAUUUUAAUAUUCAAAGUGCAAUAAUUCGUUUUGUAGACAGGACGUUAUGCACAAGGAAGUAAUACAAUGUGGCACAAGCUGCUGCAAUACAACAUCUGUACUCGCAUUCCAUUUUUUCUAUCUAUUGCACAGUGUGGCAGUCCAGCACGGAAGGAUAGAGAUAAUGCUAUCGCACGGUGUUACUCAGAAAGCAGUAAAGCUGUCAGACUGAACCCUUGGAUCUAGUUUCAGAGGUUCAAAUUUAGACCAGUUCUGUGCUCAAAGAUUUGUUGGAAGCAUUCUAUGGAAUUUUUCAUUAUGUUCGCCAAACCAGGAAGCACACUGAUUUAAGCAAAUGUAAUCUAUGUGGAUCAUUGAAUGUCUGUGUGUUUGUGUGUCUAUAUAAGACUAAUCAUGGUCGGGCAGGGGAUACAAACUUCACAAAAUUGUGAACAUUUCGAAUUGGUUUUAUUUUUGUAUUAGCCUUCCUUUAUUUCUAGGGGAGAUGUUUGAGUUCUGUGGUUUUAAAAUGAAUUUUGUGUAUUUAGAUCUAUGGAUUUUAUAUGCACCAUUUUACAAAUGGAUAAAUAACAAUUGUUAAUAUUUCUAUGCUGGCACCCUUUUUGUUUUCAUCUUCUCUGCGUAUUUGUAUCCUGCCAGAUCUCUUUUGUCCAAGUUUUAAAAGAUCGCAAGUAAACCCUUUUAUUUUUAAUGCCAUUUGAGUUGUUUAUUUAAUGACUUGAAACCAGAAUGACAAAAAAAAAAUGAGUGCACCGCUUAACAGGAUGGUGUGCUAUAAAUGAACAUUUUGUUAUCAUAAUAAACAUUUUGCUAUCAU